AUGUCCUCCUACGAGGCUCCCUCGCACCUGCAGCCGCUCGUGAUCCACACCGACCACUCGAGCGGCGUAGCCGUGUCAACGGAGAUUUUGCACUUGUGCUUAACAUCCACGCUGUGCUACCCGGUCGGAGAGUCCUGCCCUGCACACCUCAGCCCGCCGGCACAGGUAUCGCUGUGCGACGAUUACAGUCUACCCGUGGACUUCGUGAACAAGAGACGUCCUGCGAGCGCGGCAGCCGCGACUUCCACGGUGCAAUGGACGCUGCCGAGUCCAACUGUAGAGAACGCGGAAGUCGAGGUUGUGGAACAAUACAGCGAUCCCAGAGACAGCAAGAGUAAAGCGUACGUGGAGCCGGGAGCGGAGUCGUCCCUGCCGACGAUUUACAGCCGAGCAAAUCGCAACUAUUGUCGACCUUACACAGACCCGUCGGCAUCCGGCUCGUCCUGCGAGGACGACGAGGAAGGUCGGCUCGUCAGCAUCAGGAAACGGAAGAACAGUCUCUACGCAUCUUCCUCAACCCGAGUUCCGUCGGCGGAUCGGGAUACCUUAACUUCGACCGACGGCUUGCUCGUAGAUUGCGUCGCUCUCGUACAUCUGACCGAUCAGUCGCCGACUGAGUCCAAUCAACCGGUGCGUCAUCCAUCGCCGUAUUACUACGGCGAUCUCUUCAAGGUCCCGGAACAAUUGCCCGCCAGGUCCCAACCGAGCAAGUAUCGCAAGAGCGUCAGUCUCGAUGUGCCGGGCGAGCGUUCGCGCACACCCGGUAUACCGAAGAGGAACUCGGUAGCGGGUGAUGGGGGCUCUUACUCGUCUCAGCAACGGCACUAUCAGCAGCAACAACAGCCGCCGCCGCCACCGCCGCACUAUCAGAGCCAGGAUCUAGUGAGCCCCACGUCUGGGAGCGAGCAUGCUGUCCCGGCCAGAAGCGAGAUCCUCUCGUCGUGCAUCAUCACCGAGUGGGAUCACACCCUCAUGCCUCCUCAUAGGCUGUUGAGCCAUGAUCUGCCUACCGCCGUUUGUACCUGCAUCGCAUCGCCCGAGGAGGAGGAGGAGGAUGAGCUAGACCGCCGGCAGCCGCAAGUAGCGCGGCACCAAGUGCGCAAGCUACGACGUACGCGGAGGAUAGACCCGCAGCCGAUACUCGUCGAGGACGAGGACGACGUGGAGGGUGAGGACGAGGGUGAGGAAGAGGAGGAGGAAGACGCGGAGCCCGAGGAGGACGAGGAAGGGAUGGCUAGGCAACGUCACCUCUAUGAGACGGCCUUCGACUGCAAGGUCAAUCGCUCCGACGAUGAUCUCGACGAUCUCGAUCGUGUUACCAACCAUCCGGUGUUGCACUCCCAGAUGCGGAGCAGCAGCGCUGUGUUAUCGAGCAGAACGAGUUCGUCGACGGACGCGUCGAAGCAGCAACAUCAGCAAUCGCUUCCUUACGCCGGCCAGUCGCAAUCAAGCAAGGACCAUCGACGUAAAGUCGUACUUCUCCGCCCAAAACCGAUUCCGAGCCGCCUACAGCAGCAACAGCAGCAAUCGCAGCAACAAGCAGACAAUAUAUGCACUCUGUCCCAGGAUAUCGAGUCCCUCCAGAUCAACUCGAGCGACGAGAAAACCGGCUCGCCGAGACUACCAGCUCGCGACUACACGCCGUCGCCACCAUCUACCGCGCCGUUACCGGCGAAAUUUCACGGCAACCGUGACCACUUGCUGCUGAACAUCCGCAGCGCGCCGAACCUACCGUCGCAGCCGGACCAUCCCCGGCUGAAGGACAUGAGACUACCCAUGAAGUCGUUGCGCGCUAAGGACUCGCCGCAGAGCAGCGAAGGCAGCAUUCUCGAGAUCAAGAGCCGGCCGAAGAGCUUCGUCCAGGAGAACUCCUCGCAGGGACGUCGGUUCGACAAGGAGCUCAUCUUGGAGUUCAAGGGUAGGCCUCGGGAGGAGCGGCAACGACCCCGCAGCCUGAUCCGCGAGAGUAGGCCGGUAAUGGAGUUCAAGGGCAGGCCUCACGAGGCGGAGGGCGAGGUGGCGCGAAGGGACGCCGGCCCGUUGGAGUUCAAGCUGCGCACGUCGAGACGCCGCGCCGGCUACUCCAGCACCGAGAGCAUGGCGACCAGCAGCAGCGGCGGCAGCAUGGAAUCCCUGCGGAGCAGCACCAGCGAGGGCAACCGGUCGACCAGCAGCUCCGAGAGUCGGCACAGCACCAGCCUGAGCUCGCACAGUUCCGACAGCGGCGGCACCAACUGCUACCAUCACCAUCAACAGCCGUCGUUACCCGGUUUCCUGACUCAUCACGCCACCAAGUUGCACAUCCUCUCGCCUAUCUCCGACAAGUCGUCGCAGGAGCCCGCCUCGGAGACCUCCGACAACAAUCGCAACAACAACUCGCAGAAGGCCUCGCCCGAGGAGAGCGUCACGUUGGAGAACAACGUCACCGCGGGCAACAAUACGAACGCGGUCACCUCGCCCAUGGACACGUCCUUCAAGAAGAGGCGAGCCCCGCAGAACAAGAAUCUCAUUAAUCUGGCCCUGCAGUCGUCGUCGUCGGGCGACGCGGAGAUCCAAGGCUCGGACAGCGGCAUUUCCAUCGAGUCCCGCGCCGGGAUCAAGCCCUUCGGCUUCCACCUGCUGAAGCCGCAGUUGGACAAUAUCAACUUCGUCGACAACGAGCCGGAGCUCUCGGAUCUACCCUUCGAUAUGCCGAAGCUGCGCAGAAGACGUCUGCUGAUGCAACAGGACGCCACUACGUCCGGCAGCGCGACCAGCGUAGAUCUGAGAGACCUGCCGUUCGACAUGCCGAAACUCAGGAAACGACUCAGAUGCACCCAGAGCACCGAGUCCAGCGCGUCCCAGGCGUCCUCCAGUCUCUCCGUGCGCGACGUGGAGCCGCCUCCUCUCUUCGGCGGCGGUCUGGCGCGCCCGAAGAUGACUCUGAACCUCGACGCCAGUGGAAACGCGGCGGGCACGGAAGGAAACGCGUGCAGUCAAUUGGUACCGAAGAAACCCGGCGGCCUGAACCUCGGCUUGCCCCUGGAAAUCAGCACCGCUCGAGGAUCGGCCGAUCUGGUCGACGUGGAGCUCCCGUUGGAGAGGCAAGGGUGGUAUCACGGCUCAAUCACGCGAAUCGAGGCGGAGGCUGUCCUACGACUUCUGCGAGAGGGAAGUUACCUGGUGAGGAACAGCGAAUCGACCAAGCAGGACUAUUCUCUGUCUCUGAAAAGCGCUCGCGGUUUCAUGCAUAUGCGCAUCCAGAAGAACGAGGAGCUGAACGCCUACAUCCUGGGACAAUUCAGCAAGCCGUUCGAGAGCAUACCGGAAAUGGUCCGUCAUUUUAGCGUGAAUCGUCUUCCGAUACGCGGUGCCGAGCACAUGUGUCUCCUGCAUCCGGUCAUAGCUCAGCUUUUGUAGCGCAUCUAUCGUAGCGCCGUUUAAGGCGCUGUAACACUUUUGAUAACCCACUUUUACUUUUCCGACGAGUGCCGAAAAUAGCGCGGUUGCAACGAACGGGCUUGACAGCUUCGGCGAACGGGAUGUGCACGCACAACCCGUAGGGAAUAUUGUUCUCCGAACGCAAGGGAGUCUUCCGAGCAUACGCAACGCACGUGCUCUCGACUUGUUCGACUUCCGCGAGAUCCUCCGUAUUAAUUCGCAAUCCGAUCGAGCGAACCGUUCCGCACGAAGAGAGCGUCAGAGAUAAUGGACAAUAAUGGCAUUGAGAUUGAGGGGAUACGAGUACAGUACAAAAGUAUAAAGGUGAAUGAGAGCGAAGCUCUCAUCAACGAUACACGAUCGAUCAGGGACGAGAGAUCGUCAGGCUCGGUGCGAUUAGUUGAGAAAGGCCGGAGGUAUAACAUAUAUGCACGAUGAGUCCCUGAGUCGAAAUUUUAGUCCUAUAUUAAAGCCGGUAUUCAUAGUCGGAUCUUGUAUUUAAGACCGUCUGUAAGUUUAUCUUCAGAUGCUGUGCGGCUCAUUUCAUUGAAACACCUGAAGAUGAACCUAUAAGACUGUCUUAAAUAUAAGAUCCGGCUAUAAAUACCAGCCUAAUUCUACUUAGUUCUAAAUUAAGUCUUUAACUGCAGGAAACGGAAAUAACUUCCCAUUUGUAGCAUCAAAGAAGCUAGUAGUGCUCCUUUGACAAAGGGAAUUUCGACUUCCCGGGGGGAAAUUUUACAUCUCAAAUCUUCAGGUGGAGGAAACGGAAAUAAAUUUCUAUUUAAAGCAUGAAAGGAGCACAAUAGAAGACCUUUAAAGACUCAACGUAGAACCGAAUGGACUUAAUGUAGAACUAAAAUUUUUACUCGGGUUAUCAUCUCAGGUUAUUCAGAACGAGGCAGCUUCCACAAUGCUCACGACACAAUACCGUCGUCGUCAUUCGUCGUUUUUUCGACAACGCUUCACCUUCACAUGCCUAUGGCCGAGUACGAGAAUUUCUAUCGCGCAAUAGAAUCGGCAGGAACGGCGAAAUGUAUACCCGGAUUCUCGAGAGCGUGGAGAUCGAUGGACGCGCUUCGUCUUCCUCGAAACAUCGCGCAAACCUACCUCACAGGCAGACACAUGCACCGCGGCACGAAGAGUGUAGAGUGCGAUGACAUUACGAUGCUAAGGAUACCCUUUCUUUUUCUUAACGGGAGCUUGGAGGAGCGAUAUUACACCUGAAACGGAUACGAAUCACCAUUUGACGCGUAGCGGUGACAGCUUGCUUGCGACAACUCUCACGCAGGAUUAGAUUCGGGGUCGACGAUUCUGAGAAGUAUACGCGAGAAUGUCCUCGAGGACGUUUCCCGGCUGUUUCGUCGACUUAUUAAUUAAACGGUUGUUCCUCGAAUUCGCGGUCACGCGGAUUUUCUACGAAAGAAAACUCUAGAUGGGAUCAGAAACGCUGCUUUACGAAUCGGUAAUUUAAGUAAGAACAGGGGUAAUACGUACUUAGGUUUAAAAAGGAAACGUCGCGCAACGGCAGCCCGACAUAGCGCGAGCUGCAGAAGCCAAAGUAAAGCUAAUCCUAAUAUUCACUCGCGGAAUAUGUAGAGCGAACGGGCUGUAGACAGCUGGACGGUGGUGCGCGGCGAGCGCGAAGAAAAUGCCAAACUUUACUUCUAAUCGUAAUCGUUUAGUCAGGGUUUAGUUGUCCAUCGUCGUUAAUAAGCUAUCGGUAGGUUUAGAGCGAUAAGAGAGCGUAUAUACGUGCAACACGCGAGUAAAAAAGUUUUAAUUCUGCAUUAAUCCUACAGAUUUCACUGAAUUCGAAGUACCAACGGAGAAACUCGAAGUACAAUACUGUAUAGGCUUUUGUUCUUUGAUGCUAGAAAUAGUUACUUUUAUUGCCGCUUUUAUCGAAGCUUAAAGAAGGCCUAAUUGAACAAUUAUUUAAUAUUCCAUUAUUCCAAAAAUCUAAAAUCGUGCAUUUAAACUUUUGUUUAUAUUAUUGACAAAUAACAUAUUAAUUAUGUAAAUUGUUCGAUUUCAGGUAUGGAUUUCAGAAUAUGAGUAAGAAGCAGAUACUAAAUAAAAAUUAAUGGAUAAGUAGAUAAAUAUAAAACAACAAAUUUCCCUCUUUCAUUUAAAAUUUAUUUAUUUUAUUUUAUAUUUAAUCUCAUUGUUAUUUUUUUUAUUGAUAUCAGAAAUAUUAACGGGAUUUGAAAAUCCAAAAGUGUUUUCUAUCUUAAUGAAUAUUUAACAAACUUAUCAAGAAUAACGAAAUACCCGAGUCGAAAUUUAGACCGAACCGGCAUUACAUAGACUUUUUUCAUACGAGAAAUGUUGAUAUUAAAACCAUGAAUACGAGUUUCUAAUUAAUUGUGCGCUCAACCAAAAAUCAUCAAUAAUUUUUUAUUAAAAAAUAGCAAGUGUUGCAAAUUUGUUUCUCUAAUAAUGUUUCUUGAACUACGAGUUUCAUCUUGAAUCUGCUAACGAAUUCUUUUCACUUUAGUUUAUCCUUGCUGUUUUGACGAAUCUAAAUUUAAAUUCUUAACGUCGAGAAAACGGUAGUAAAUAAACAUCUAUAGCAUCAAGUUAUCAUAACAGGCUUGCAUAGCGUUAUAUCUCAAAAUUUCCUAUUGAUUCUUCAAGUUUGAUGAAAUUUGCAGGAUUAAUGUGAAAUUCAAAUUUCGACUCGGGUAAGUCGAAUCGGAUAGACGUUACGACUACUGGACGAGGCAAGCGGCGUAAGAUAAAGAUUUCUCGUGAUCUCGACGAGAAAUGCAAGGUUCGAAGAGGUAAUAUGAGCGUUUUCGCGAAGAAUCGUGGGACGCGUCAACCAGUGGAAAGAGACGACCGAGGUCAGCCAAUUUAAAUAAUCGAUGGCUCGUUAUCCGAGCCAUCCGUCCCUGACUCGCGGGAGAUUUUUGCGAUAGGAUGCAACCGAUACAUAUUUUUUCAUGUGAUAUUAAUUUGUUACAGAGAUAGCCUAGUUUCACCUGUGAUCUGUUAUUUAAUUCCCCUUGUUCGCGCGCAUUGGCGCUCCCGCGCCCGCACGCGCGAGACGAUAAUAACGAUAAUAAAUAAUUAAUCUCGCUAUUAUAUUAUGUAGCCAGCAACGACGCGUCGGUUAGGCGCAUUGACGAGAACGUCCGUGGUGUUACAAUAAUUUGUCGAGUUAGGAAUUCGAUUCGCGCGCGGUGGUUGUGAGCGGAACUUUCGUUGGCGCCGCUGCGAGCGAGCGGUCGCGCGCGCGGGGCAGUGGUUUUACUUAAUAUUAAAUAGACGUAGUAAGAACCUACGGCGGGUAGCGAGUGCCAGCACAUCUCACGUAGAACAGCCGAUAGACUCGUUUAAACGUUCAACUGGCUCGAUUAGCGUAUACGCGUAAAUGUAGCGCAUACACGGUGCGCUAUAGUUUUCCCAAUUGAAACGCAAACCUUCUAAUCCGAUCACGGGAGUAACUUGAAUUUCUAAACGCGCGAGGCACUCCCUACUCUCGCGUCCAAUUAGGUUGAGCAUAGUUCAUACGUCGUACUUUAAGCUGCCAGUAUUAUUAACUGUAAUCGAUAAUGCAUAUCCAUGUUAACGUUUAAGACAUUAUAUUGUCCCGCCGUACGAGCCCGAUCAUUGAAGAAGCUACGAUCUCUAUAUAUUUAUUUCAUAUAUACAUAUUAUAUUUAUUGUGCAUUGU